CACUGACUGGAGAAUCCGGGGCCCGGGUAGGAUACUACUGGGUUUUAGGAGGGGUGUGUCAUGUCGUCCUCCGUGACCCACAACACUCCCGGUGACUCACCUCGCCGCCAGGCUAGCUCAGGCAGCAGCGAGAAGGGGGGCACAGCCGGGUCGUCCUGGACCAGGCAGCGGAGAAAGAACGGCAUGCCCGUGGGCCAUAUAGACGCGGAGGUGCUCAGGUCAAGACUAGUAUCGGUAGCACCGACUCAGUGUCGUGGUAAUCCAGACGCUCUGGUGUUCACACACUCUACCAGGGCCCAACAGCGCAGGAGGGCGGGUCAAAAACCAAUGCAGCUGGAGAUACUGCCCGUGUUGAAGAAGUACCAGGACCAGAAGCACCCCGAGUUCAUCUACAAGCAGAACCGGGAGAGGCUGAUCCAGUCAGGCUGGAAGUCCCCCACAGCCUCUCCCCUUGGGGUGGCGUGGCAGGACGAGACCCAAGAGAGCUCCAGCCUGCACCUUCCUGAGCUGCCUGUGCACGUCAGGGAAAAACAGGUGCAUCAUGACCAGAGCGCGCUCUGUGGCCCCACCCCCCCCAAACGCCCCCGCUCUGCCAAGACCCCCUCCGGCGCUCCGUUCCGCCACAGCCCCUCCCCCGGGGAGUCCGCUCAGACCCUCCAGUUCGACUCGGCCGAGGAGGUCGUCCGUGCCAACAUCCGCUCCCCCGCUGACAUCGUCAGGGUCAUCAGAGACAACCCCCACCUAGGCUUCCUGUACAUGACCUCAGCAGUGCCCAAGUCCUCCAUCAAAUAUGACGCCUACAACCUCAAGGUCGUGACAUAUGAGAACAUCAACAAGCAGGACUACUACAUCGUCAGCCAGCAGGGCGUGACCUCCAUGUGCCACGGCCAGGUGGAGUUUGUGCCCCUGGAGCGCUGGCAGCAGGAGUACCAGCGGCACCGGUGCCUGCUGCGCAUCCCCACCUUCGUCCUCUUCAGGAAGUGGAAGGCGUUCCGCGUGUGGAGGACCAACGUGCGCUCCAAGAAGUUCAACAAGUGCAAGAAGUCUCUCCGGGAGCGCCUGUUCAUCGUUAACGAGUCUUUGCGUCCUGCUCUGAUCCACAUCAGGGAGAUGUGCUACAGGAUCAGUGACAUGGGCCUGUGUUGCAUUGACAAAGAGCACACGUACACUCUGGAGGACUUCCAGGAGGCCCAGUACAAACAGCUGCAGGAGGUAGCGUCUCGUCUAAAAGAUUUCAGAGAACUGGUAAAGGAGUUGACCAUGAGUGCGUGUCGCACAACCAUGCUGGAAGCAGGAUACACACCUGACUACAGCAGCUAUGAUGGAGGUGAGGAGACAGAGAGCAAGCCUUCUCCUGAGAUGGAUCUGAUGUUUGAGGAGGAUGCAGAGAAGAUGAGCUACACAGAGCAGGCCAACAAAAGAUACCACUGCAGACGUCUCACCUGUUUCGUCCGACUGGCAGACUACCUGAUUGUGAACACCAUGCAUAUCCUGGUUGUCAACUCUGUGGCCGGGCUGCUGGCGGUGCUGCAGGAGCAGAUCAGCUGCACCCCCACGCACGCUGUCAUCCACAGCUGGGCUGACCCCGACGCCGUGGCCGCCGUCCCCGAUGCCAGGAGCAACACUGCUGCAGCAUCCGAUGACACAAACAAGAAGGUGCCGCUCUGGAGUUCCGAGGCCCCUCCCCUGCAGCCCAUGUUCAUGUCCGAGCUCAUGCUGGAGACCCACUCUCUGACCUACGAACCCUCCCUCGACCAGUUCCAGGAGUGUGUAACAGAGAUCAUCUCUCAGUUCCACGAGACGGCUCUCUCCCUGGAGACGUUGGUUCCUGACUCGUACUUUGAUGCCUUCACUCAGCCCAUGAUCAGUAACAAGAUAGAGGAGAAGGUGUGCGGAGAUGGUCCCAGUCUGGAGUCCAUGCUUGAAGAUGACAAACACCUCACGACCAUCGUGCUCAACAUCAAGCAAUCGCUCCAGUUUGCCUUUGACUCGGCGAGCGUGUACUCGCGCACCUUCGAGCGCUUCCGUCUCAUCUACUGGGAAAACGAGAGCCUGGACCUCGACAAACUCCGGCAGCAGGACCACGGGGUGGCGUUCUUUGCGGAGAGCCUGGAGAAGUACCACCGGGAGCAUAAGGAGGCCCUGGCCAUCAAGCAGAAGAGACACCUGGGCAUGCUGCUGGUGGACACCACCCAGCUGAAGGGCAAGCUCAUCCCCUCACCCCUGAGGUGUCUGGAGGCCAUCAACGACAUGCUCCCCCUGCUGGCUAAGAGGAAGAUAGACGCCGUCAUCGCCGAAUCCCAGGACGCCCAGUUCAAGCUGGAGUUCGGCCCCACGGCCACCAUCGAGUUCGUCAACUCCCUCACCUUCCUGGAGGAGGUCCAGGAGAGGAUCGUGGUGCUGGACCAGCAGACAGAGACCGUGACUGAGAUGUACAAGCUGAUUGGCCUGUACUCCGUGCCCACGCCGCCCGAGGACUUUGCCGUGUACGCUACGCUCCACCCCUCCAUCACCUCGGUGAAGAACGCCAUCGACAAGGCGGUGGGCGAGAGGGACGCCAACGUGGACAAGUUCUGCAGCCACCUGCAGAAGGACAUCACCGAGCUCAACCUGGAGGUCAGGAGGGUGCAGCAGCAGGCCCAGGACCGUCAGAUCCUGGACAUCGAGGCGGAUCGGCCCAAGCUGCGCCUGCUGCUGGAUGAGAUCCAGAUCUCCAUAGACGAGCUGCAGGCCCAGGCCUUCACCUAUAGGUCCUACCAGAAGAACUUCAAGGUGGAGGUGACCAAGUACGAGGCCCUGGAGGAGCUGAGUGCGGAGGUCAAGCUCAAGCACUUGCUGUGGGACUCUCUGGAGGAGUGGGACCUCCUGCAGGCUGGAUGGAUGGAGUGUAAGUUUGAGGAGCUGGACCCAGAGCAGCUGAGCAUCCAGGUCAACAAGUACGCCAAGUCAGUGAAUCAGCUGGAGAAGGGCCUGCCCCCCAACAACGUGGUGCCCCACCUCAAGGAGAAGGUGGAGGCCAUGAGGGAGAAGUUGCCGGUGGUGACGGACCUGCGUAACCCGUGUCUGAAGGGCCGUCACUGGGAGAUGCUGGAGGUCAUCGUAGAGGCCAGCCUCACCGAGGAGCCUCUCACUCUGGCCUCACUGGAGCAGCUCAACAUCUUCCACUAUACCGUUGAGAUCCAGGAGGUGUCUGGCCAGGCCUCAGGAGAAGCUUCCCUAGAGACCAUCCUCAAGAAGGUGGAGGACUCGUGGAAGACCACCGAGUUUGCGGUCCUCUCCCACCGUGAGCCCAAAGACGUCUUCAUCCUGGGAGGGACGGACGACAUCCAGGUGCUCCUGGAUGAUAGCACCAUUAACAUGGCCACAGUGGCGUCGUCGCGCUACGUGGGACCCAUCAAGGCCAGAGUAGACGACUGGCAGAGACAGCUGGCCCUGUUCAGCCAGACCCUGGACGAGUGGUUGACGUGUCAGCGUAACUGGUUGUACCUGGAGAGCAUCUUCAGUGCUCCAGACAUCCAGAGACAGCUGCCCGCUGAGGCCAAGAUGUUCCUGCAGGUGGACAAGUCCUGGAAGGAGAUCAUGAGGAAGGUCAACAGGCUGCCCAACGCUCUGAGGGCCGCCACUCAGCCUGGUCUUCUGGAGAUCUUCCAGAACAACAAUGCUCUUUUGGACCAGAUCCAGAAAUGUCUGGAGGCCUAUCUGGAGUCCAAGAGGGUCAUCUUCCCCAGGUUCUACUUCCUGUCCAACGACGAGCUGCUGGAGAUCCUGGCCCAGACGCGGAACCCCCAGGCCGUGCAGCCACACCUCAGGAAGUGCUUCGACGCCAUCUCCCGUCUGGAGUUCGCCCUGCUGCCGCCGCCCCCGCCGGUCGCCAAGGGGGCGGGGCCCGCCGACGGCGAGCACGAGAAAGUGUACAGCAACGAGAUCCUGGCCAUGGUGUCGCCCGAGGGAGAGAAGGUGGGCCUGGCCAAAGGGCUGAAGGCACGUGGGAACGUGGAGGACUGGCUGGGGAAGGUGGAGGAGGCCAUGUUCUCCUCCCUGCGCCGCCUCAGCAAGGCCUCCAUCGCUGACUACCAGAGCAGGACCAGGGAGGAGUGGGUGGUGGCCGGACACCCCUCACAGGUGGUGCUGACCAUCUCCCAGUUGAUGUGGUGCCGUGACUUGGACGGCUGUCUGGAGGGAGACCACGACCACUUCCAGGCCCUGCAGGAGUUUGAGUUCACCAACUUUGAUAGGCUGAACGCCCUGGCAGCCCUGGUGAGAGGCCAGCUCCCCAGCCUCCACAGGAACAUCAUCACGGCCCUCAUCACCACCGACGUGCACGCCAGAGACAUCGUCACCGACCUCGUCCAGCGGAAGGUGGACUCUAGCAGCAACUUUGAGUGGCAGAGACAGCUCCGUUACUACUGGGACCUGGACCUGGACAACUGUGUCGCCCGCAUGGCCCUCUCCAUGUACAUCUAUGGAUAUGAGUACCUGGGGGCCUGCCCACGCCUGGUCAUCACCCCCCUUACGGACCGGUGCUACCUGUGUCUGAUGGGGGCUCUCCAGCUGGACCUGGGAGGGGCCCCCGCUGGCCCGGCAGGGACGGGGAAGACAGAGACCACUAAGGACCUGGCCAAGGCCCUGGCCAUCCAGUGUGUGGUGUUCAACUGCUCUGACGGCCUGGACUACAAGAUGAUGGGGCGGUUCUUCAGUGGCCUGGCCCAAUCGGGAGCCUGGUGCUGCUUCGACGAGUUCAACCGCAUCGACAUCGAGGUGCUGUCUGUCAUCGCCCAGCAGCUCAUCACCAUCCGCAACGCCAAGAUGGCAAAGCUGUCCAGGUUCAUGUUCGAGGGCCGUGAGAUCAAGCUGGUGAUGACGUGCGCUGCCUUCAUCACCAUGAACCCAGGCUACGCAGGCCGCACCGAGCUGCCAGACAACCUCAAAGCCCUGUUCAGACCCAUCGCCAUGAUGGUGCCCAACUACGCCCUCAUCGCCGAGGUGAUUCUGUACUCUGAGGGCUUUGAGUCCAGUAAGACCCUGGCAAGGAAGAUGACCCAGAUGUACAAGCUGUGCUCGGAGCAGCUCUCCCAGCAGGACCACUACGACUUCGGCAUGAGGGCCGUCAAGUCUGUCCUGGUCAUGGCCGGGUCUCUGAAGAGGGAGAACCCUCACCUAAGUGAGGACGUGGUUCUGAUCCGGGCCCUGAGGGAUGCUAACCUGCCCAAGUUCCUCACAGACGACACUGUUCUAUUCAGCGGUAUCAUGUCUGACCUAUUCCCUGGGGUGUGUAUCCCGGAGCACGACUACGGGAUCCUCCACUCCACCAUCCUGGAGUCUCUCACGCUCCGCAACCUGCAGCCGCUCGCCACCAUGACCAACAAGGUCAUCCAGCUGUAUGAGACGAUGAUCGUGCGCCACGGCGUGAUGCUGGUGGGCCCCACGGGCGGGGGCAAGACCACGGUGUACACCGUGCUGGCCGACACCCUGGAGACCCUCCAUCGCCUGGGCUACGGCGCCAACAACCCCUUCUACCUGCCCGUCAAGACCUACAUCCUCAACCCCAAGUCUGUCACUAUGGGGGAGCUGUACGGAGAGGUGAACAUUCUGACCCUGGAGUGGCGGGACGGCCUGAUGGCCCUGAGCGUGCGCGCGGCGGCCAACGACACCAGCGAUGACCACAAGUGGAUCGUCAGCGACGGGCCGGUGGACGCCCUGUGGAUCGAGAACAUGAACACGGUCCUGGACGACAACAAGAUGCUGUGUCUGGCCAACAGCGAGAGGAUCAAGCUGUCGCCCUCCAUACACAUGGUGUUUGAGGUCCAGGACCUUGCGGUGGCAUCCCCAGCCACAGUGAGUCGGUGUGGGAUGGUCUACAUCGACUCUGAGGAGCUCAAGUGGACCCCCUACGUCCAGACAUGGAUCACUAGACUAGGCAAAAAGUUCCCAGGGGGGGUGCGUACGUACCUGCUGGAGCUGUUUGAGCAGUACGUGGAGUGCGGCCUGCAGUUCGUCCAGCGGCGCUGCGUCCAGGCCAUGGGCCAGGUGGACAUCAGCAAGGUCACCUCCCUCUGCUGCCUGCUGGAGGCUCUGCUGCUCGGCAGCGGGGGCCCUGACCUCGGCAUGGAUGCCAAGAACCUCAACAGCGUGGUGUGCCAGACCUUUGUGUUCUGCUACCUGUGGUCUGUGGGGGGCAACGUGACGGAUGAUUACUGGGACGCCUUCGACAGCUUCGUCCGGCAACAGUUUGAGGACAACAGUGAUGCCAAGCUGCCCAGCUCGGGGGACCUGUGGAGCGUGUACAUGGACUUCUCCACCAAGCGCCUGGAGCCGUGGGAGAGGGUCAUCCCUGCGUUCCGGUACGACCGCGAGCUGCCGUUCUUCGAGAUGCUGGUGCCCACCACCGACACGGUGCGCUACGGCUACCUGAUGGAGAAGCUGCUCUCCGUCAGACACUCUGUGCUCUUCACCGGGAUCACCGGCGUGGGCAAGUCGGUGGUGGCGCGUGGCCUGCUCAACAGCAUUCAGGAGAGGGAGGGCUACAUCCCCGUCUACAUCAACUUCUCUGCCCAGACGUCCUCAGCACGCACACAGGAGAUCAUCGAGUCCAAACUGGAGAAGAAGAGGAAGAACAUCCUGGGUGCCCCCGGUAACAAGAAGAUAGUGAUCUUUGUGGACGACCUGAACAUGCCCAAGCUGGACACCUAUGGCUCCCAGCCCCCUAUAGAGCUGCUGAGGCAGUUCCAGGACUUCCAGGGUUUCUACGACCGGGAGAAGUUCUUCUGGAAGGAGAUCCAGGACAUGACCAUCGCGGCGGCGUGCGCCCCUCCCGGGGGCGGGCGUAACCCUGUGACCCCUCGCUUCAUCCGUCACUUCAGCAUGCUGUGUCUGCCCACGCCCUCGGAACACUCCCUCAAACAGAUCUUCAAGGCGAUCCUGGGAGGUUUCCUCAGUGACUUCACCCAGGCUGUGAGGAGCUGUGCGGCCAGCAUCGUGGACGCCGCCGUGGAGAUCUACCAGCGCAUGAGCGUGGACCUGCUGCCCACGCCCGCCAAGUCCCACUACGUCUUCAACCUCCGAGACCUGUCCAAGUGUGUCCAGGGUAUGCUUCAGUGUGAGUCAGGGACGGUGCGUGACCAGAACCAGGUGUUCAGGCUCUUCUGUCACGAGUGCCAGCGGGUCUUCCAUGACCGCCUCAUCAACAACGAGGACAAAACCUACUUCAACACCAUGGUGUCUGAGAUGGCCAGCAAAUACUUCGGCUUCAACUUGGAACCCUCGUACUUUGUGACCAAGCCGAUCAUUUUUGGAGAUUUCAUCAAGGUGGGGGCUGAGAAGGCUGACCGGCUGUAUGAGGACCUAACAGACCCAGACAAGAUCCGUGGCGUGCUGCAGGACUACCUGGACGACUACAACCUGACCUUCUCCAAGGACACCAAGCUAGUGUUCUUCCAGGACGCCGUGGAACACGUGUCCAGGAUAGCGCGCAUGAUCCGCCAGGAGCGCGGCAACGCCCUGCUGGUGGGCGUGGGAGGCACGGGGAAGCAGUCCCUGACGCGGCUGGCGUCGCACAUGUGCGGCUACCGCUGCUUCCAGAUCGAGCUGAGCCGCGGCUACAACUACGACAGCUUCCACGACGACCUCCGUAAGCUCUACAAGAUGGCCGGCGUGGAGGGCAAGGACAUGGUGUUCCUCUUCACCGACACGCAGAUCGUGGUAGAGGGCUUUCUGGAGGAUGUAAACAACAUCCUGAACUCGGGCGAGGUUCCCAACCUGUUUGAGAAGGAUGAGCUGGAGUAUGUUCUGGCUGCUACACGGCCCAAAGCCAAGGAGGCUGGAAUUAACGAUGGCAACAGGGAUGAGGUGUUCCAGUUCUUCAUCUCCCGGGUGCGUGAGAAGCUGCACAUCGUGCUCUGCAUGAGCCCUGUGGGCGACGCCUUCAGGUCCCGCUGCCGUCUGUUCCCCUCCCUGGUCAACUGCUGCACCAUCGACUGGUUUGUCCAGUGGCCCCGCGAGGCUCUCCUCUCCGUCUCCCAGACCUUCUUCAGGAACGUGGAGUUCGGCAGUGAGGCCAUGAAGCAGAGCUUCUCAGAGAUGUGCGUGGAGAUCCACGUGAGCGUCGCCGACAUGGCCGAGCGCUUCUACUCUGAGCUGCGGCGCCGCUACUACACCACGCCCACCUCCUACCUGGAGCUCAUCAACCUGUACCUCGCCAUGCUGGGGGAGAAGAGGCUGCAGCUCAUGGCUGCCCGUGACAGAGUCAAGAACGGCCUGACCAAGCUGCUGGAGACCAACGUGCUGGUGGACAAGAUGAAGGUGGACCUGUCUGCCCUGGAGCCCGUCCUCAAGCAGAAGUCCAUCGACGUCAACGCCCUCAUGAAGAAGCUGGCCGUCGACCAGGAGAGCGCUGACACGGUGCGUAAAGUGGUGAAGGAGGACGAGGCCCUGGCCAAGGUGAAGGCCGAGGACACGCAGGCCAUCGCGGACGACGCCCAGCGGGACUUGGACGAGGCUCUGCCGGCGCUGGACGGAGCCAACAAGGCCCUGGACGCCCUGGACAAGGCCGACAUCUCCGAGAUCAGGGUCUUCACCAAGCCCCCCGACAUGGUCAUGACCGUCAUGGAGGCCGUCUGCAUCCUGCUAGGCAGCAAGCCAGACUGGCCCAGUGCCAAGCAGGUUCUGGGCGAUUCCUACUUCCUCAAGCGUCUGAUGGACUAUGACAAGGACAACAUCAAGCCACAGAUCCUGCAGAAGCUGCAUAAAUACAUCAACAAUCCAGACUUCAUCCCAGAAAAGGUGGAGAAGGUAUCCAAGGCCUGCAAGUCUAUGUGUAUGUGGGUCCGGGCAAUGAACCUUUACUCAAGGGUCCUGAAGGAGGUUGGACCCAAGAGAGAGAAGCUGGCCGGAGCACAGGCGGAACUGGACGCCACCAUGUCCACUCUCAGGGCGAAGCAGGCACAGCUGCAGGAGGUGCAGAACCAGAUCAAGAUCCUGCAGGACCAGUUUGAUAGCAGUGUGGCAGAGAAGGAGGGCCUGGCUAAGACCAUGGCGCUGACGGAGGCUCGCCUGGGGAGGGCGGGGAAGCUGACGGCCGCCCUGGGCGACGAGCAGGUGCGCUGGCAGGAGAGCAUCACCCUGUUCGAGCAGGAGAUCAACAACGUGGUGGGCAACGUGUUCAUCGCGGCCGCCUGCGUGGCCUACUACGGGGCCUUCACCUCGCACUACCGCCAGCUGCUGAUCGAGCAGUGGAUGGCUCGCUGCCUGGAGCUGGGCAUCCCCAUCAGCGCCAGCUUCAGCCUCAUCAACAUCCUGGGCGACGCCUACGAGAUCCGCCAGUGGAACACCGACGGGCUGCCCCGCGACACCGUCUCCACGGAGAACGGCAUCCUGGUGACCCGCGGCCGGCGCUGGCCCCUCAUGAUCGACCCGCAGGAUCAGGCCAAUCGCUGGAUCCGCUCCAAAGAGACCAAGAAUGGACUGAAGGUGAUCAAGCUGACGGACUCGGGCUUCCUGCGGACACUGGAGAACGCCAUACGUAUGGGCAUGCCCGUGCUGCUGGAGGAGCUGAAGGAGACAGUGGACCCAGCCCUGGAGCCCAUCCUGCUGAAGCAGACGUUCGUGUCGGGCGGGCGCACCCUCAUCCGCCUGGGAGACUCCGACAUCGACUACGACAAGAAGUUCAGGUUCUACAUGACCACCAAGAUGUCCAACCCCCACUACCUUCCUGAGGUGUGUAUCAAGGUGACCAUCAUCAACUUUACUGUGACCAAAUCUGGGCUGGAAGACCAGAUUCUCAGUGACGUGGUGCGUCUGGAACGGCCAGACCUGGAGGAACAGAGGAACCAGCUGAUCGUGCGCAUCAACGCCGACCGCAACCAGCUGAAGGCCAUCGAGGACCGCAUCCUCAAGCUGCUGUUCCACUCCAAGGGCAACAUCCUGGACAACCAGGAACUGGUGCAGACCCUCCAGGAGUCCAAGGUGACGUCAGAGGCCAUCAAGCAGCGCCUGGAGGAGGCGGAGGCCACGGAGCUGAUGAUCAACGCCGCCAGGGAGCGCUACCGCCCCGUGGCCACGCGCGGCUCAGUCAUGUACUUUGUCAUCGCCAGCCUCUCUGAGAUCGACCCCAUGUACCAGUUCUCCCUCAAGUACUUCAAACAGCUGUUCAACAGCACCAUCGAGGGCUCUGCUCUGAGCAGCGUGCUGGAGGAGCGCCUGCAGACCCUGCUGGAUCAGACCCUGCUCUCUUCCUACACCAACGUGUCCCGCGGCCUGUUCGAGCAGCACAAGACCAUCUACAGCUUCAUGCUCUGCGUGGACAUCAUGAGGCAGCGCGGGGACGUCUCCGACGCCGAGUGGCAGCACUUCCUGAGAGGGGCGCCGCCCAUCGAUAAGCCAAGCCCAGCCAAGCCCAGCGUACCCUGGCUGUCUGACUUCACCUGGCAGGCCUGCUGUGAGCUGGAGGACACACUGCCAGUGUUCAGGGGAAUCACCCAAGAGAUCACUGCCACCCCCAUCCACAUCCAACUAGGGUGCCUGGACGCCCAGAUCAACCCAGAGAGCUGGGAGGGCUACGUGGCAGACCUGCCCCCCCUGGGUCCUGAGCCCCCUGAGGGCCAGGAGCAGGCCGGGGAGGUCCGAGGCCACUGGAACGAGAGGCUGGGGGCCUUCCAGAAGCUGGUCCUCAUUAAGAGCUUCAUGGAGGAGAAGGUGGUGUUUGCGGUGACAGAGUUUGUGAUCGUCAGCCUGGGGAAGCAGUUUGUGGAGAACCCCCCCGUGGACCUGGCCACCCUGUACAACGACAUGUCCCCCUCCACCCCUCUGGUCUUCAUCCUCAGCACGGGCUCCGACCCCAUGGGCGCCUUCCAGCGCUUUGCCAAGGAGAGGGGCUGCCUGGACAGGGUUGAGUCCAUAUCUCUGGGUCAGGGCCAAGGCCCCAUAGCGGAGAAGAUGAUCCGGGAGGCUCUGAAAACUGGCAACUGGAUAUUCCUCCAGAACUGCCAUCUGGCUGUCUCCUGGAUGUUGGCCAUGGAGGAACUCAUCAAGACCUUCACCGAACCUGACACGUCCAUCCACGAUGACUUCCGCUUGUUCCUCAGCUCCAUGCCCACCAAAGUGUUCCCUGUCACCGUGCUCCAGAACUCUGUCAAGGUGACCAACGAGCCUCCCAAAGGUCUCCGUGCCAACGUGCGGCGAGCCUUCACAGAGAUUACCAGCAGCUUCUUUGAGGAGCACAUCCUGGGGCGCAGGUGGAGGAAGAUCAUCUUCGGAGUCUGCUUCUUCCACGCCAUCAUCCAGGAGAGAAAGAAGUUUGGCCCACUGGGCUGGAACAUCCGCUAUGAUUUCACAGACAGCGACAGAGAGUGUGGCCUGCUCAACCUCAACCUGUACUGCCAGACAGGCAGUAUCCCAUGGGACGCUCUCGUCUACAUCACUGGUGAGAUCACGUACGGGGGCAGGGUGACGGACGCCUGGGACCAGCGCUGUCUCCGCACCAUCCUCAAAGGCUUCUUCUCCCCCGACACUCUGGAGGAGGGCUACACGUACUCUACAUCAGGUAUCUACUAUGCUCCCGAGGCAGACAGCCUGAGUGACUACAGACAGUUCAUCGAGAGCCUGCCCAUCAUUGACGACCCGGAGAUAUUCGGCAUGCAUGAGAACGCCAACCUGGCCUUCCAGCGCCAAGAGACCAUGACUCUGAUCAACACCAUCCUGGAGGUGCAGCCUCGCUCCUCCGCCAGGGGCGGAGCCAAAAGUAAUGACGAGAUUGUCCAUGAGCUGGCAGACUCCAUACUGGCCAAGAUACCAGAGCAUCUGGACAUGGAGGAGGCUACAGAGGUCCUAUUUGUCCGGGACGCCAAAGGGCGUCUCAAUUCCCUCACCACGGUCCUGGGCCAGGAAGUAGACCGCUUCAAUAACCUGCUGAGGGUGCUCAGGGUGUCUCUGUCCACGCUCCAGAAGGCCAUAGCAGGUUUGGUGGUGAUGUCAGAGGAGAUGGAGAGAAUCUACAACAGCUUCCUCAACAACCAGGUGCCUAACCACUGGGCCAGCUCCGCCUACCCCUCACUCAAACCCCUGGGCUCCUGGGUGAGAGACCUGGCUCUCAGGACCUCCUUCAUACAGAGUUGGAUCACACUAGGUCCGCCCAGAUCCUUUUGGAUCUCUGGACUCUUCUUUCCUCAAGGAUUCCUGACUGGGGCACUGCAGAACCAUGCCAGGAGCUACAACCUCCCCAUCGACGAGCUCAACUUCCGCUUCAACCCGGUGCCCAUCUACCGUGACCAGAACGCCGUCAGCGAGGCCAUGAGGACCCUCGCACCCGGGGCCGAGUUAGACAUGGACGCCGAGUUGCCCGUGCCGAAGGAUGGCGUGCUGGUGCACGGCAUGUUCAUGGACGCCAGCCGCUGGGACGACGUCAACAUGUUGAUUGAGGACGCCCUGCCGCGGGUCAUGAAUGCCACGCUGCCCGUCUUUCACUUUGAACCGCAGCAGAACUACGUCCCUGAGCCUGACCUCUACCACGCUCCACUGUACAAGACCUCAGCCAGGGCCGGCACUCUGUCCACUACAGGUCACUCCACCAACUUCGUGGUGACCGUGAUGCUGCCGUCCAAUCGGCCGAGCGACUACUGGAUCUCUAAGGCCUCAGCCCUGCUGUGCCAGCUCAAUGAGUGACCCGUCUCCACGUCGAAUACACACACACACACAGACAGACAAAGCACCCAUUGUAAACAGACUGUCUGUCUCUCUCCACAAUCCCCCAGCCCCACAGCAGUGAUAUAUUAUGCACUCUCUUGCUACUAACGUCCCCCUUAAACGUUAUUUAUAUGGAGCUCACUAAUGGGAUUUUGUGUUUUUCCAACUUAA